AUGAGGACAAACUGUCUUAAGCACGCGAUCAUUUUGGCGCGCGAUCAGAAGGCGAUUUCGCACCCACACUGUCUCUAUCUAUUUCAAAGCCUGGGCCAUGGGAUGCCGACCGAGUCUACCUUCCCGAUUUCACAGUUUGCACGACGUUUCUGGGCUUACGCGGAUUUAUCUUUCAGCGUGCCAAGUCCGUUCCUUCUAGGUGGCAGCAUCGGCUGUGGAGCUACAUGUGUACAGGUUACCCUUGAGGCCGCUUGGGAAAACGGCCAUCCCAGUCAUCCUCACGUCACGAUGAUGAUAUAUCGGAGAUUUAAUGGCCCAGAGGGAUCCAUGCUCCAUAGUGAGUUAGUGCCGAUUAUUUCCGCCAUGCGGAGCCGAGCCUACCAACCUAAAGUCAAGGAGCAUGAAAUGGACGAUUUAUUCGAAGGCAAACCAUUUGCAGACAAACCUCGUGUCUUCCCGAAGGAAAAGCGAUUCCCAGUACUGCUUCUCUCCUUCGUUGGCCCGCAACAUGCCAGGAUUUUCUACGCCUAUGUCGAAGACGGCAAUAAGUUGAUUAUUCGUCAAAGACUGGCCGAUGCACCGGUUGAGCUGUUCGCCCGCUUUCCGGUUGGUAGGCCUUCAUUUUAA